AGAAAAAUUACUAAUAUGGUAAUUCUUACUUUAAAAAAUGGUCAAGUCGAAUUUGAUACAUGGAAAAGUCCGAUUUGAGUGCGCCUGUGCAACCGCAUAGAGCGCGUGGUAGGUGAAACAGUCCUCCCGGUAUUCACCAGAUCUCCUAGAAGCUCCCGCGAAUUCUCGAGGUUCAGUGCAUCCGCGGAUCCCUCUGAGGAACCCGUACCAUGACCCUCGUAUGGCUUGCAUCAUCAAUAAAACGUUGCUCUUCUUCUUUUCGUUGAUUUAUCCUUCUCACACAUAAACUCUGCUAUAUCUAUUGAUCCAUUGGAAAACGCGAACAAGUAAUGCAAAAUUAUCAAUUACUUAAGAGCUCAAAAAACCAAUAAACAAAAUCCUCAACAAUUGAAAUAGGAGGUCGGCAUAACAUUGAAGUGAUUCGGUUGAACAGUGCAAGUGAAUGCAGACAUUAUAUUUGCUAUUUGCUGUUAAUGUAAAUUUUUAAUUAACUUAUUUUUCAUUUAUUUCUUCACCACUUCCACGAUAUAAUGAUUUUCACCAGUGAAAUUGCACCGAUUUUUACACUUGCUCUAGGGUUCACCUUAUACAUUUCCUGCGGAGAGGCCGUGAUUUGUUACGAGUGUAACAGUAGAUUUGAUCCCAGAUGCGGUGAUCCCUUUGAUCCUUAUGGCCUUGGAAUUGUCAAUUGCAGCCUCCAGCCCCGGCUGGAACACAUGAGUUCUCUGGAACCAACUGUAUGCAGAAAAAUUUCUCAAAAAGUGUAUGGGAAAAUUCGAGUUGUUCGAUCCUGCGGUUAUCUAACAGACGAAAGGGAUAAUGCUGCCUGUGUGAGGAGAGCAGGUACCCACGAGGUUUUCGCCUGGUACUGUGGCUGCACAACUGACUUGUGCAACUCUGCACCUACCAAUAUACCUCAGUUCAAUAUUUUCUGUGUUCUCGCAAUUGCUCUGGCCUUGAUGAUCAAUUAAUACGAAUCCUGUGCAGUUUCCUGAAUAAAAAAACACCGGGAUUUUUUCUGUUUAGAAAAAGAAAGAAAAAGUCAUCGAUUUCUGUCGGUAGUUUUUCACAUAAAAUUAUUGAUUACCGAAAAUUUGAUUAUGGAAAUUUUGCGAUGGGAAAAGAAGAGUGUGCGUAUAUCUCGGCGAAUCGGUAUCGAAAUUUCCUAAUGGUAUACUGCGAUGGCACCAGGUUUCAAAUGAAUCCCCAGCACUACAUGUAGAAGGGAGAGAGAGAAAAAAAAAUUAGUGACAGUUUCAAAAUUAUUCUCUUCGGUUCAUACAGAAAUUACCUAGAACUGACACUCGUUUAAUUUUUAUGGUAUAUUUUCCAUCCUGUGACGGUACUAGAAAUUCAAUUAUUUCGAUUGUAUCAUAAAACUGGAGCCUCAAGGGAAAAUUGAAAAAAUGAAAUGGAAAAUUUGUAAAACGGGGAACGAUAUAUCAAAUUAAAUUUCGGAGGGCAUUAAUAUUCUCUUGAACAUAUAAAUUUCGUGUAGUGUUCCAUGAUUUUUGGAUUUACUAAAAGGGUAGAGCUGUAAACGCUGCAAUGAGUACGACAAAAGCUAAAAAAUCAAAUACCGCAGCGAAUAAAAAACUGUGCAUCUAGUACAUCUUCUUUAUUCAUUUUCUCGAUAUUUAAUUCAACUGACUAGGUUGAAAUUGUGACAGAAAUAGCUCCUCCAUUAUCAUCGAUCACUAAACGAGAAAAGUGAUUCACUUAUUCACUCAUUGUUCUAGAUUUGUUUCAUGGUUUUUCCCUGGUUAAAGAUUAUAGUAUAGUAUUAACCGAUAAUUGAAGUGAUGAACAAACUUUCAUACAAUUUUAUUCCACUCUUUACAUAUCCUCUGAAAAAUCGACGAGUCCUGCGCAUAUCCAAUGUCAAAGUACACGCGAAAAAAUCAGAAAAUUUACUGAUUUUAUCACUUUCUCGAGUCUUUUUUUUCUUAAAAAUUGCUUCCAUGAUCCUCGUCGUUAUCGUGAGAAAGUCAAUGGAUAGAGAAUAUUUCCAUAUUUUUUUAGAAUACCUAACAUAUCAAAAUCGACAUAUUUGUCCUGAAUGACAGAAAUCCCCUUCAAAGGCAUUGGAAAUGAUAAAUGAAAUAAUUUUUACACUGUUUUCAAUGUCCAAUCGAUGUUACCUAAUUGUAAAUUACGAAUGAUCGCGAACAAUGUAAUUUUUUUUAUCCACAUGACCCCUACAUUUCAUAUCGAUUAUCAAUUCUGAUGAAAAAUUGAAGGAAACUGCCAGAAUAAUGAAUCUCAUGGCGUCGAAAACCACAAAUAAAAAAUGAUUAUUCAAAAAAAUUGAACGGAAAUAUUACUUAAGAAUUUCGAAAAUCAUGCAAAAUUUAAAUAGUCUUAAGUUAGCCAUAAAUACUAACGUCCUUUGUCGUUCGUCCACGAGAAUUAAUGAAUUAAUGCGUUGAAUUGAUUAGUUUAUGCUAAGCAUAGUACCUCACUCAAGAAGAGACAAUGUUGCCUGGGAAUUGUCUUUGAUUUUAACGGAUUGAUUCAACAGAUAAUUGAUAAGAGGAGUCAUGCGAAAUUUUCGAAAAAGAGCCAACGUAAUCAUCUUUCUACGGAAUCAAUUCUGAGUCAUCGGAGGCAAGAACUAAAAAAUAAUUAUAGAUAUAAUUUACUAAAAAAGAAAUAUAUAAAGUGGAAACACUCAAGCUUGAACCGUGAUAAUUAUAAAUUAUUCGUGAGAUGAAUUGAAGAUAGGCUAUGAAAUCAAUUGAAUGCGUAAUAGACAUGUAAUUUCGCUUUCAGUAAGAUUAUAUAAGUGUCCGAAUUUUUUGAGUUCACGACGGUCCCGCGAACUCCCGAAAAAACUAAAUAGUAGUAAAAAAUCUCAAUUUGUUUCUUGUUGAAACAGACGCAUAUGCCUUACAAGAAAUUAGGUCGUAAGAUUGAACAGAAUUAUAUUUAAUGAAGAGUAAUAUUCAAGUAAGUCAGAUUCACGCUAAUUAGAACGAAUCUGAAUGAAAGACAUGACCGUGAGAUUAUAGUUGAAAAAUAUAUGAAUUUUGACAAUGUUUGUUGAUCAAUACUUCGAUUAAUUAAAGGUCUUUUGAUAUGAAGAAUCAAUUUUAUCAAAUCAAUUGAGCCAACCAAUGAAAUAGUACUAAAAUUAAAUUUUCUCCAGAAAUAAAAAUUUUGGUUUGUUCUGUGAAACAUUUCAUUGUUUUUAUUGAUAAUUUUCGUAUCAAAAGAAUGCUAAUAAUCGGCAUAAUUUAUUUGUAAUUUUCCCAGUGGUGAAAGAGUUAUGAAGACAACGAAUGAUAUCUAAUUUUUAUAUGAUCCUAAUUAGGGUUAUAAAUUCGACUUCGAAAAUAUUUGAUUUUAUCAAUUUACCGAUCUCUUUCGUUCAUAAUUCUUUUCCAACGGGAAAAUAGAGAUAAACUAAUUUACACAAAGAAUAAAUCUAAAACCUUGUAUAGAAAAUCCUGAAAAUAAAUAAAGUAUUGAAUGAUUACGAAA